GGCGGCGGGGGGCAUUUCCGGGGCAAGAUGGCGGCGGCGGCGGGGCCGGGCUCGGAGCGGAAGCUGGUGCAGCAGGACGAGCUGCGGCGGCUCAUGCGGGAGAAGCAGCGACAAAGCGCCGGGAAGAAGCGAAUCGAGGCGCCGUUCGCUAAAUAUAAUCGUUUGGGGCACUUAAGCUGUACUUUGUGCAACACCCAGAUUAAGGGUGAACUUUUGUGGCAAACACACAUACUAGGGAAACAACACAAAGAGAAAAUUGCAGAGUUAAAAGGUGCUAAACAGACGGUGCCUGGGCCUACAAUUAGCAUAUCAUCAUCUCAUCCUGCCAAAAGAAAAGUUUCUGACACAGAAAACCAAGAAGUAAAGAGAGCAAAAGGUUCAAAUGACCAGCCACAGACUUCUGCGUCUGGGCUACCCACGGAUUUUUUUGAUAAAGCAGAGCAUGCAGAAACAAAAACGCUACCCUCAAAGGGUCCAGGUCCCAGUUUACUGGCAGAAGAUUAUGAUGAGGAGGAGGAGGAGGAAGAAGAAAAAGACAAUACUAGCAAACCAUCCAGUGUGCAAAAAAAUGAAAUUCCACCCCCAGCUCAAGAAACAAUAGCUAAUGCUCUACCAGCAGAUUUCUUUGACAACAAAAUGACAGCUGCUCCCAUAGUCUCCCAUUCAGGGUCCAUUCAGAAAGCAGAAGUUCAAGAAAAGGUAGUGGAAAGGAAAGAAAACACUGCAGAAGCUUUACCAGAGGGAUUCUUUGAUGAUCCUGAGGUGGAUGCAAGGGUGCGAAAGGUUGAUGCUCCGAAGGAUCAGAUGGACAAAGAGUGGGACGAAUUUCAGAAGGCAAUGCGACAAGUCAACACAGUUUCAGAAGCAAUAGUGGCAGAAGAGGAUGAGGAGGGACGUUUGGAUCGUCAGAUUGGAGAAAUUGAUGAGCAGAUUGAAUGUUACCGCCGUGUUGAGCUGCUGCGUAACCGCCAGGAUGUAAUGAAAGAUAAAUUUAAGGAAGCCAUGAAAUUAAGAGCAAUCCAGGAGAAAGAGGAUGAGGCUAUUGGUAGUGAAGAUGAAGGAGAAUUGCAGGAUUUGCUGUCUCAAGAUUGGAGAGUGAAAGGGGCUUUGUUGUAGCAUUUCAGUGGCAUGCUCAAUAUUCUAUUGAUCUGUGGUAUUACUACUUUUUAUCAGAAGUUUUUGUUAAAAUAUUUAUUUUUAAGAAGGAUCUUGCAGGUACUAAUGAGGUUAACUGUAAAAAGUGUCUGAAUCUCUGUAGGUCUAAAAUGGAAUAUUAUUUUGUGUAAAGGUUGUACAUUGUAAAUGUUUUAUAAGUUUGAAUAUAACUUUCCUAUUAAAAUUAUUAUUGUAAUUUCCUACUAAAAUGAGCAAGUAAUUUUAUAGUCAAUAUAGACUUCUGGGAGUGUAACACAAACUAAGUCAGAGCUAUGAGUUGUCCUAUGCUGUAGUUCUUACCAACCAAGAUGACAGUGUUAGUGUCCUUUCAGAUAGGAAACUCUGCUUUGUCCAGGAUGUUUUAGAAAUUGCUAGUAAAAUACAGUGUCAGUCGUCCAAGACAGGAUCUGUUAGUUUUACUCUUUGAUAUGUAAAUGACCUAAGAAUCCAGAAACAUUGAGUAACAGAUUGUGGACAAAUUGUAAUACUCUGAUCUCCUGCCAUGCUACAGUGGCCGUGCAUGUUGCAGAAGAUUGUGCUGAACUCAAUCUGUUUUCAUUAAUGCAAUUACAGACUGGAACAUGCCUGAAAACUCUUGAGCAGAGGGAUGAAAUGGGUAAGCAACUUGGAGCACUGCACUGGAAGCCCAGUUGGCACUGGAAGAAUAACUUCAAAAUAAACCUGAUUUAUUUUAGUUGUAAAUAUUGGAAGCUUUCAAGGGAGCCUUGGAAUUCUGUUUUCUUUCAAGUGUGCAAAUGGGUAAAUAACAUUUUAAAGUUAAGAACCAGAGAACAGGGCAAAAUUGAGUUAACACAAAAGGGGAGCAAGGAAUUUACUGAAAUUCCGUAUGUCCUGGCUAAAUGAGACAGAUUCUAUUUUUUAAGAAUCAUAUGCUCUUUUGAGUUUUGCAAGCCCUAAAAGCCCUCAAAUGUACUGAGCUAGCAGGAACUUCUGAAAAUCUGAAUGGACUUUUCUGUUUGGUCCCGAGAAGUAGAGUUGUGGAAAGUCUGCUUAUUUUUUUAACCUCCGGUUUUGUAAAAGGUUUGUGUUUGGGGUUAUAUUACAAGGUAGGUUUGGAGAGGAAGUAAAAAAGGAAUAGUGAAUAAAUUUACCACACAAUUAAUUCAAGCCAGUCUGGGCACAGGUUAUAUCUACUGCUCACCAGAGUGUUUCUUUCAGGGAAAAACUGUUGUUGCUCACUCAAGGUAGGUGUCACUUUUGUAGCAUCUUUUACAAUGAACAUUCUGUGUGAGGACUGUUUCUCUUGAUUCUCUUGAGCCUACUUUACUUCUGCUACUUUACAUAUUCCCAAUAUUCCAGCUAUGUGAUUAUAAUAAAGUUGUGAAAAGUAAAAUUCAUACAAUCCUUAACAGAACAGAGGAUCACUGUAUUCUGACCACAUAUACUGGUCUGCAUUCGUGAUAUUUUUUGCUCAAUAAGUACAAAAAACAAGCACAACCAAUACUUUAAAAAAAAUUUUCAAGUCUAACUUUGCAACUAAUCUCUCAUGGGUAAUAUCCAGAAAUUUGGCAAGAAUGGUUUCCAUGUGUCACUGACUUAUAAACAGAAACAUUCAAAAACUAUAUUAGAACAAAUCUUGAACAGAUUGGCAAGUUACUAAUUUAAUUGGCGAAGAAUAAACAUGGCAGUGUAUUAAUACUUUGAAUUUCAGUAUUACUGGAUGCAUAUCAUAGUGCAAUGAGUGAAAUAGUGAGAGUAGCUCCCCUCUUGUUUAGGAAUGAAAGUUCCUGCUCAGAAAGAUGGAGGCAAUGGGAAUAUUUGUUGAAUGACUGGCAGUCUUGCUAUUUUCUGUAAGUACAGUUUCCUUCAUUUUCCAUAAAUUCUGGACAGUGUCUGAUGUACAAUUUUUUCCCACUGCAUACUCUUUCCACCCCACUAGUCCCACCGCCCCACUAGUCCACCAAGGAGAGCUGCACAGACUCUUAAUUCUGAUAUUAUCUCACCCACCUUGUCUCUAUUAUCUUUUAUUGAACCAACUUCUGUUUGGUGAGAGACACAAGCUUUAGAGUUUACAAAGAGCUCUUCUUUAGGUCUGGGAAACCUAAUCAGAGUGUCAAAGUUAAAUAGAAGGUGGAACAGAUUGUUUAGCAUAAAUAGUUAACACACAUUUCAAGGGACCAUUGAAAGGUUAACUAUUUAUGCUAAAUAAUCUGUUCCACCUCAUACUUGACUGUGAUACUCUGAUUAAGGGCUGGUCAGCACUACAGUUAGGUUGACAUAAGGUGCCUUGCGUUGACCUAACACUAAGUGUUUACUACACUAAAAUGUAGCUCCCACUGGUGUAACUUGCCCACUACAUCAAUUUAGGCCUUGUCUACACACUACUCCAGCUAUGUGGAUAAAGUAGCUGAAGAUGACGUAGCUUAGGUCAACUUACUGGGGUGUACACCGUGCUGCAUUGACGGGAGACGCUCGCCUGUCGACUUAAAUCUGGUUCUCCACCAGAACAAAAUUAACUUGAGAGUGCUCUGUGGUCGAUGUAGUGGGUCUUCACUAGACCUGCUAAAUCAACCCCUGCUGCACCGAUUGCAGCAGCAUCAAUCCCCAGUAAGUGUAUUGAUAUGCAUGAAUAACCGCACCUCCAUGAGAGGGGUAGAGCUUACGGCAAUGUAGUUAAGUUGAUGCAGUCUCAGUGUAGUCACUGCGUUGCUUACAUCAACUUGCUGCCUUUCAGUAGCUGUGCCACAAUGUCCCACAGUGACAGUUAAAUCGGUGCAAGGGCUCCUGGUGAGGACGUGCACCACCAACCCAAGAAGAGUAGUGUGGACGUGCAAACGUGAUUUAAUUACUGCAGUGGCUGUACUCCAACAUAAUUUAGGUUGACUUGACUUCACUCUCCCAAACCUGAAGAAGAGCUCUGUGUAGCUCAAAAGCCUGUCUCUCUCACCAACAGAAGUUGGUUCAAUAAAAGAUAUUGCCUCCUCUCUGUAAUAUCCUGGGACCAACAUGGGUACAACACUGCAUUAUUCUAAUACUUGGCAGAAGUAGGCUGAAGCCAACACACCAGUUUCUUGUGUUUAGACAACCAGAAACUUUUGUAUGUCCUGUUUAGCUCUCUCAAUGGGGGUCUAGUAUGUUUCCAAGGACUGAUUUGAUUAAGGGCCUGUCUUGUCAUUGGUCUUAAUGUUCUGAUCAGAGAAAGUGGAACAGACAUGGCUGAUUCUAAGGACAGCCUGCAUAGAGCAACAUGGAUGUACACUUCAUUUUUAUAACUGAAAUUAUAUUGCAUGUCUAACUUUAUAAUUUUGUGGGCUUCAGUUCUCUUCAUUUUUUGUGCAUGUUUGAAGAAUAUUUCUUUUUUACUGUAUGUACAAGGAAUGGGGAAGGGAAAUGAGCAUUAAAAAUACAGCUGGCAAAGUC